AAAUUAAAAGGGCAAAAAAAAAACCCUUCUUCUCAUCUAAAAUACCCUCCUCACUUAUACACCUGCAGCUAUAUCACCGUGUAUGUGUGUGUGUAUAUAUGUACAUCUUCUCUUCUCAUCUCGUCUCGCAAAAGCUCCAUUUCUGUGUUAUUUCCCUUUAGUAUCCGCAAGAGUUUUGUCUUCUUCGGAGGUGUGUUCGAGGUUUAGGUUUUUGUUUUUGCCCUAUUCUCUGCUGUUUCGAUUGGCUUUUAGGACAAAAAUUGGCAAUGUAGCUCUACUUGGUCACUUGCUCAUACUGUUUCGUUGCAUGAUUGUCGUUGUGGGCAUCUUCUGUUUUUACUUGAUUUUUAUUAUUUUCUCUCGGAGACUUUGAAUGCAACAGUUCCUGGUAUUUCUUGGGUGACUCUGUUUGGCUUUUGCUGCCACUGGUUUCCCGCUGUUUCUCAACUUUAUCCGCUAUAAAGAUUGAAUCUUUAGAAACCCACUUGCGUAAAUAGGUUGAAUUUGGACAGGGAUUUGGUUUCACGAGAUAAGGUAAGACAAAUCCACGGUUUCUGGUUCGGUCUUGAUAAGAUUCUUGGAUGAGAUUUCGUUUCAAGAUUGUUCAGUGUACUUCGAAUCCUUUGCAUUUCAGUUGUCGGAGCUCAUUUCUCGUACUCAGCCUUAAUGUUUCUCCCUUUCUUUAAUCACAUUCCUCAUGCGUUGUUCCGGCAAUAGAAUAUUGCUGAAGGAUAUAGAAUAAGACUAUAAUUUGCAGUUAAAAAUUCCCAACUUGCUUAUGAUUGUCUGCCGCCUUUUGUUCUGGAUCCCGUCUUGGCUGUCGGAAAACUCCAUUUUUUUAAUGUAACGGUGGUUAUAUUGCCGUCCCCUUUUACCAUUUCGUUGAUUUUUAAUCUUGUAAAGUCUUCAUCUAAUUCAGUUCUCGUUUGAAAUGUUGGACUUCUGUGAAAACACGUUUUCCUAAUAGGUAGCUAGCUAGGUUUAUUAUAUGCAGCUCCAUUCUCUUUCAGGCAUCAGCAUAACUUGUCUCCUAAGGUAUCUUCUUCGAGCUACCAUGGAGAUUGGAGAAAAGAGACGAUCAUCAUCAGGCUAUGGUAAAUCUCCAUGGAUAUUUAAGGGAAGUGCUUUGUACCAGAUUCAUCUCGUGAAGGCAGAGACAGCUCGAGCAUUCAUCCCGAAAGAUUUCCGACUAGUCGAAGCCUUUGGAUACACUCUUGGUGGGUUUUUUCUUGCAAGUUACGAGGACAGUCCUGCUGGUGUCUUUGAUGAGCUUGUUGUCAUUGCAGGGAUCGUAUGGAAUCCCCCAACUUCUUGCGCAUGGGCUGCAAGGGUGCUUGUGAACAGCCACGAGGCUUGUGAUCACGGCCGAAAGGAUGUGGGACUACCAAGCCACGUUGCAAGAUUUUCAAAGAGAAUCACAGCGGUUCCAAAGCAGCAAUCGGGCAAAUCCAGUGGUUUCUCGGACAUUUUAAGGAUAGGAACUAAAUUUUCCGACCCGUACAAUGUCACGGAUGUUAAGGUUACCGAAGUGGAUGGUUCUGCUUUAGCCGAUAUCUGCAAUAUCCGAGUUCAAUCCACCGCAUCCACAUCAAAACUCGGCAACUGGAUGGGACCGUCGAUCAAAAUGUCUCUCCCGAGUUUUAGUGGCAACACCAAUUACAACCCCAACCUGCUCAAGUAUUCUUGCCAUAUCGAAUGCAGGGUGAGACCGGUGAAGCCUGCAAUAGUAUCAAUGCCUAUGGAAGAUGAAGCGGAGAAGUUAAAAGGACACCAUAACCAAACACAAGAUUCCUCUGAAAGCGAACUCGAUCUUAGUGUCUCAGUGAUGCUGUCCAAACCCAUCAUAGCUCUUCAGUUCAAAUGCUUGGAAAUGCAGGUUGAGGCUCCCAUUGUACUUUCCCCUUCUAAAACCUCGUGACCGGCUUUCGAAUCCAUAGUUUUCCAUAUCUUUUUUGUUCCUAUUCCGACAAGUUUAUCGUCCUUUUUCCCUCGUUGCGAUGUAACCCAAAUGCUGAAAACUUUGAAAUUUUGAGAACAAUACAAGGUUUCUUCCUACA